CUCUGCGCCCCAAUGCAUUCCCUAACCAAGUAGUGCAUCCAACUAAAUUGCUCCCAGCAAUCUUUGCCUUGGGAUUUUCAGAGGACUGGAUGGGAUCACUCAGGAUGACUGGAAAAGCUUCCUGUGCAGCACUGCCAGAGUCCUCAUGUGCCUACCUGCUUCAAGAACUGAAGAUGAUAUGGGAUGAAGUUGGGCAGGAAGAAAAUGAAAGAGAGAGAAUACUUCAAGAGCUGGAGCAGGAAUGCCAGGAAGUUUAUAGAAGAAAAGUAAAUAGUGCAAAUAUGUCCCGGAUUCAACUGCAUCAAGCAUUGGCUGAAUCUGAGGCAGAAUUUACAAACCUACUUCUUUCUCUUGGAGAAAGAUCAUUCCCAGGCCGACCUGAGAAAAUGGCGGGUACUCUAAAGGAGCAGCUGAAUUCCAUCACACCAGCCCUGCAGGAAAUGCAGAUGAGAAAAGAAGCCAGACUGAAGCAGUUCAUAGAGGUUCAAACUGAGAUACAAAGAAUUGCCUCUGAAAUAGCAGGACGCCCUGAGGAUGAAGCCAUCACAGUGAAUCAAGAAGAUCUGUCACUAAAGAAACUUGAGGAGCACCAAAAUGAGCUGCAAAGGCUUAAAAGGGAAAAGAGUGAUCGCCUGUGCAAAGUUGAAGAGUACAAAGUUCUCAUUCACAACUACACAAAGAUUAUGGGGAUGGAUCCCUCAAAAAUCCUCUCUAAUGUUCACACAAGCUUGUUAGAUGGAGCAAAUGAGCAACAAACAAAAAACAUCAGCGAUGACAUUCUUAACAAGCUCAACACCAUGGUCCAGCAGCUUAAAGAAGAGAAGAAUCAGAGAAUGGAAAAGCUCCAUAGCCUUGGGAAAGCAUUGACAAAAUUAUGGAGUAUUCUGGAUACUACCAUGGAGGAGCGCAGGCCAUAUGGUGAAAUAAAGAUAUAUGCAAUGACUUCAGGAAGCAGUAUGCUAGGUCCUGGAAGCCUCACACUUGAGACAAUUCAGCAGAUCGAAUCUGAAGUUCAGCGACUAGAUCAUCUAAAGGCAAGCAAAAUGAAAGAGCUAUUCAUGAUAAAGCAAACUGAGGUAAAGGAAAUUUGCAAGAAAUCGCACAUGGAUAUGCCUUACCAGACAGAGAUGCACAAAAUAAUGGAUGUGAUAAUGUCAGGAGAUGUGGACCAUGAUGACCUAGUGAAGACAAUGGAUGAAUACAUCUCCAAAGUAAAAGAGGAGGCCACGAGUCGUAAAGAAAUAAUGGACAAGGUUGAAAAAUGGAUGGCUUCAUGUGAUGAAGAGCGAUGGCUAGAAGAAUACAGCAGGGAUGAGCGAAGGUAUUCAAUAAGCAGAGGAGCCCAUAAGCAUUUGAAGCGUGCAGAACGUGCUAGAAUUAUCGUUAAUAAAAUCCCAGGUCUGGUAGAACUCUUAAUGGCAAAGACAGAGAUUUGGGAACAAGAGAGGAAAAAGGUCUUCUACUAUGACGAGCUUCCCCUAUUGGCCAUGCUGAAAGACUACAUGCUAACACUGAAAGAAAAGGAAGAAGAAAAAUACAGGCAAUGGAAGAAUAAAAAGGUACAGACUCAACUUGCAAGGAGGCAUGAGAAUUCAUUUAUAUCAAGACCCAACACAAGCUGCAGUCGUCCAUCAAGCAGAGGCUUCAAUACCAGCCCUGGCUCUAGUUCUAUUUGGAGCAGCAGACUUUCCACCAUGGCUAAACAACCUACUACUGCAGAUAACUCAGCUGAAAAGGAUGUGUAUAUAAGAAAAGUUAGGAACAGAAGUAUGCACCGUGCACUCGGAAAUAACAGAAGCAUCUCAAUCUCUUACGAAGAUAAACACCAAACCUCUCUGCAAUCAAACUAGGUGUUUCACCUAUUUGAUUUUCUUUCAGUUAGUAUUUGGUCAUUUAGAUGUCUACAGUAAGUUAUGUCUGAUAUGUGAAGAUCACACUGUUUGAAGCUAAAAGGAUGAAUAGCAGUAGAUAAUGUGUGCAUCAAUACCCUAACUGUGUAAUUAUUGCCUUUUCAUCCAUAAUCUUUACUCUUUUAGCUAUUUUUUUACUGGUUC